UUGAAAGUGCGUGUAUAUGCGUCAACAAGUUCAUUAAAAUCGUCUGCUUAAUCUAGAUAUUUCGUUCUAUGUGAUUGAAUUUACUAGAUUACAGUUCCAGUUAACCUUUAACAAAAUAUGAAUAAAUUUAUCGUAUAUUUCAGUUUGUUAUUUUUUAGUGCAUCGCUUGCUGAUGAAUGCGAAGAUGGUUAUAUGAAAGUAUACAAAAAAAUGCAAGAUAUGGCGAAGAAUAAGGAUGAUGGUGCUAAAUGCUUGGAAGGCUGUAAAAUGUGUACAAGCAUUAUUCUUGACGAGACAGCUGAGGCGCAAGCAAAAAUGCAACAAUUUAUGCGUGACGUAAAGAAAAUGACGCCUAAUGAAAAAAGGAAUAUAAUGGAUUGCAUGGAGUCUUUUGGAAGAAAAGCAAUGGAUGGAAUGAAUUUACCUCCUGAAUGUGUUGCAAAUAUGGAAGCUUCUAAUCUGAUGGUUCGGUCUAUGAUGGGAAUAUAGUAAAGCAUACUCACAAAAUAAAACUUUUUUCUCUCUUCUCUUGCAAAUAAUGUGAGCUCAAUUGAAAAGCAUUGACGAUAUAGAGUGUUUGUAAUCAUAAAAAAUACAGAAGAAUUGUAACCAUUGCUUGUAUACAACUUGUUAAAGUAUGCAACAGUACAGAAAAAAAUAAUAAUAAAUAAAAAUACAAAAAUAUCAACAUAAAGAUCAAAAUUUAAAAAUU